GGUCGGUCCGGUUAAUUUGCUCAUCUGGGACAAUGAGAUUCUUGCACCCCUGGGUCCAAUAAGUAGAAAGGGUAAUAAGAUCAGACGAGAUGACCCAUUUCUUGUCAAACUGGAUCGGCGGAAGGAUCAAAGAUGACGCCGACCAUCGUCUUCCUCCUCAUCCUCCGGCUCCUCUUCUCCGCCACACUCACAAGCUCCGCCCCAAUUCUGGGACUGGACUCCUUCCUCACCCAGCAGUCCCGUUUCGACCCGCAAGCCUCCAAUGACUCAUUUUUCUCUCUACCUUCCCAUCUGAAAAAUACUCUUUCCCAAACAUCGGCUCAUCCGCCGCUCACCAUCGCCGCCCUCCUUUCCCUUCAAGUUUCCGUCCCAAUUACAGUCAAGCUUGUUGGGAGCGCCUUCUCCUCCUCUUCCCCUAGUAUCCUGUCGUCGUUCAUCGCCUCCUCCGUCUCUUUCGAUCACUACCAUGUCAUCUCCCCUUUGACCACCCACCCCACUCAUCAUCUCGCGCUUUCCCAUUCUCUCCACCCGGAAGUAUCCCUCGCCCCCGCUUCGCUUGCUUCGCAUCUCUCUGAAAGCUUAAAAACCCAGCUAGCCUCCACUCCUUCUAGCUUCCGAUCCCAUCUCACCUCCCUUACCUACACCGCCAUCGACCAGAUUAUCAGGCAGGACUUCGAAAAGGAGAAGCCCACCAAUGGAAUAUAUGUUUACAUCCUCAAUCUGGGCCCCCAGUCUAAGCCUUAUGCUUAUAGCUACACCCAUGGUGAUCAGUCCCGGGCAGUUACCAAGUGCUUAGGCACCAUUUGGACAGGGAAAGACCGUUACAUCUGGAUCGACUUAGGGGCUGGCCCAGUGGAGUAUGGUCCAGCACUCUAUGGCGAUGGUCUUAUGCCUAGGGGCGAGUUUCAUCCACUGGCGUCCAUCCACGGCCGACCCAAGUCUCAAAAGUCUAUGCUUUCUGACUUGGCUUCACUGGUUUGGAGUGCUUACCAGGUACUUGCUGUUCCUUCUUUGAGGAUUCCUGUCCCUUUUGAGGAUUCCUUGAUUGUUCAGUUCAUACACAUAAAUGGUUCACCCGAAAACAAAGAUAGCACUGGAUUGGAUUGGAAGUCAAUAGAGAAGACCUUUGUGGAUGAAGCUAAUGAUAAAGGGUUAUUGUUGGGUGAUCAAUCUUUAAGCUUUAAGAAGUAUGAGGUGAAUUUAACCGAGUGCUCAAUUUGUUCUUUUGCCAUUACAAAGGCAACUACUGCUUACACUUCUAGGUAUUUAUUUGAUAACUACACCCUGAUUGUUAGUGAGUAUCUGGACUCAAAACGCUUACACCAGACUUUGUCAGAAUCCGCGGACGAGUUCAGACGGGUGGCGAAGCUUCCUUUUGAUGAAGGUUUUGGGAGGGUUGUCCCAGUCUAUGUUUUUGAUUUGGAUGUCAGCAUGAUUUUGUUGCUCGACCGUUACCAUCAGGCUGUGGCAUUCAAAGAUAUGGUUAUUGCGGUCAGGACGAAGAGUACCCAGGCUGUCAGUGACUAUAGUUGUAAUGGACGCCAUGUUUUUUCCCAGACUCGUGAGCUGGAGAGGCCUCUUGUUGGUUCCAUUUUACAGAGUAUGUGGGGAGUCUCCCCAACACAUUUGCUGUGGGGCCCUAAGCACAACAGCACUCUUGUGGACUAUACGUGGAGCGUCGGAAACACACCAUUUGGUCCGUUUUCAGAGAUUUUGUCUCUGUCUUUCGUGCAGAAGGAUGCUGCCAGAAGGAAUGUUCUAUUGACAUACCUCAACAGUAGUCUCACCAGUGCCAUUGAUGUAGUUGAAUCCAUUGCUGCCCAUGGUGGGGAGAGAAAACUCCUCAAGCGUAGCGAGCUUCUUGAGCUUGUCCAAAGGUGGAAUUUGUUCAAAUACAAGCUGGAUAAGGCAGUUUCUGCUUUGUCACAUUUUGAUUUCGAGAUGGCAUUGUACUAUCUCAGGUCAUCAGAUCAUGAUCUGUACGCUGCUCACUCUCUUGUUUACCGCGCUUCACAAGUUUUGGAGGCAUCCCUUGUUUGCUUCAAGGAUCCACCAUUCCCAUGGGUGUCAUUUUCUAUGUCUGCUGGUAUUUUCAUUGGUCUUUUCUAUAUCUUUGCAAAGAGAGAAAAGUUAUUUCGGAACAAGAGAAAACAGUUCUGAAAGCAUCCAUUUUUUAAAACUCCAGUAGAUUUGAAGUCGUACAACAGAACAUGUAAUGAAAUAUUUGGACUUCAGAGGUCUGAGAGAGACACCUUGGUUUUCAAUAGCACUUUUAUAUGUUCAUAUCUGCUUGUCAUUCCUUAGGAAUGUAAGUUUCUGACCUUCUGAUUUGCUCCAUGCAAUGAAUGACCUUUUCUUACUUGAAACAUUUUGAAUACAAGUAACAGAGCGAUCUUGAAUGCUGAGCGUUGACGACAAUUUUGAUUUCUUAUUUUAGAUUUUAUUUGAGAUUCAUGUUUCUUUUAGAAUGUGAUUUUAUUGUUGUAAUUGCUUUUAAAAUUCAUUUUAGAUUUUUUGUUUCUUUCAUUAUGUGAUUUCAUGAUUAUAGGACUAAAUUUUUGUGGAUGAA